GAGUGCUAAUUAACUCCAUUCCUCCUCAACCUAUAGAUACAUAACCUGAAACUUCGAAUCUCUCAGUUUUAGUUCAAUAACUACUCAUUCAUUACUUGAUUCCUAUCUUAAUUCAUUGUGUUUUACAUAUACGUACCUUCCUGUCCAUUUAUCUCUAAUGGCCAUGGAGAGAGCAAGAUCAUUCCUUCAGUCUCCCACUUAUGGAAACCUCGUCACUGUUCUUAGCAUUGAUGGAGGUGGAAUAAGAGGGAUUAUCCCCGGAACUAUGCUCAGCUUCUUAGAGUCCGAGCUUCAGAAGCUGGAUGGGGAAGAUGCAAGACUAGCAGAUUAUUUUGAUGUAAUUGCAGGGACCAGCACAGGUGGUCUUGUCACUGCUAUGCUUACUGCCCCAGAUGAAAAUAACCGUCCAAUAUUUGCUGCUAAAGAUAUUAACGAUUUUUAUCUUGAACACUGUCCUAAAAUCUUCCCCCAAGACAGCACCUCAAUAAUUGGUGAAGCUGUAGAAAAGUUGAAAGUUGUGAAAGGGCCAAAAUAUGAUGGGGAGUAUUUACAUAAGAUAGUCAGGGAAAAGUUGGGAGACAUACGAUUGAACGAGACAUUGACUAACGUUGUAAUCCCAACUUUUGAUAUAAAGAGGAUUCAGCCAGUCAUCUUCUCCAGCUAUGAGGUUAAGAAGAAUGAUAGCUUAGAUGCUUUACUCUCCGACAUAUGCAUUGGAACUUCAGCAGCCCCAACUUAUCUCCCAGCUCAUCAUUUUGAAACCCAAAAUUCCAGAACUGGAGAAGCAAGAGAAUUCAAUCUGAUUGACGGUGCAGUCGCUGCUAAUAAUCCGGCUUUGGUUGCUAUAAACGAAGUAACAAAAGAAAUCCACCAAGGAAACACCGACUUCUUUCCUAUGAGGCCAACUGAGUAUGGGCGAUUCCUCGUUAUAUCACUGGGUACUGGUUCAGGGAAAUGCGAGGAGAAGUAUGCCGCCGCAAAUGCUGCUAAGUGGGGCGUUUUGGGGUGGCUAACCGCAGGUGGUUCAUGUCCAUUGGUUGACGUAUUUACUCAAGCAAGUAGUGACAUGGUCGACUUCCACCUAGCCACCGUUUUCCAAGCUCUUCAUUCUGAGAAAAAUUACCUUCGGAUUCAAGACGAUUCACUGGAGGGAACAGUGUCUUCAGUGGACAUUGCUACGCAUGAGAACUUGAACAACCUUGCAAAAGUUGGAGAGGAGUUGUUAAAGACACCGGUUUCAAGGGUGAAUAUGGAAACUGGUAUAUAUGAGCCUGCCCAUCAGUCCACAAAUGAAGAGGCUCUCGUAAGGGUAGCGGGAAUUCUGUCUAGAGAGAGGAGAGUUCGUGAAAUGAGAUCACCACAUGGGAAGGCUGCAGGCGCAGUUACUUCUAAUACUACUAGCUCCGACUGAUGAUCCGGCCAUUAAUUUUAAUUAGUUCAUUUUGAUUAUAGGAGUAUUCACUCGUGAUUAAAGUAAUUAAUUAUUGCUCAUGUAAUAUAGUACUGGAAUAAUUGUGUUUCCCAAUAAACACCAGUUAAUUGGUUGUAUAAUUCGUCAUUAA